AUGAUGUACGUCAUCGGCAUCUGUGGUGUACCCAAUGGAGGGAAAACCACUCUCACCAACCGAUUGAUCAAGAAGCUGCCCAACUGUUGCGUGGUCCAUCAGGAUGACGUCUUCAAGCCUCAAGAUCAGGUUGAAGUUGGUGAAGAUGGCUUUAAGCAGUACGAUGUCAUUACUGCUGUGGAGAUGAACGCCAUGAUGAGUACGACCUAUGCGUGGCUGGAAAACCCGGUGAAGUUUGACAAGUCUCAUAGCGUUAAUAACACCCUGGAUACAGAGAUCAUCCCGAAGUCCAACCACAAGGAGGAGGAGGAGUCACACAUCCUUGUUGUUGAGGGCUUCCUGCUUUACACCUACAAACCUUUGCUCGAUGUGCUGAACAAACGUUACUUUAUUUCCAUCCCAUAUGAAGAAUGCAAAAAGAGGAGGUGCUCUAGGAAGUACAAGGCACCUUUAUAG